AUAAAUCGGUGGACUUACGUCAUCAACCACUUUGGUUACACAGUAGAUUUUUCGCGUCUAUUUUUACACUCACAAUAUAACUAACUCGACCAAUCUCAAUUCUUUUCAACUUCUAAGCCAAAACUCAAUUUCAUUACACUGCUUGAAGGGAAUAUUUGUUGUAAUCAUAACUAUGGCUGGAUCAGAGUCAGUUUCUGCACCAAUUGGAAAUGGGGUCAACAAUAAUGGUGAUUUGCUCCCUGCAUCUGAUGAUGUUUUUGGGGGUGUAAUAGUUGAUCUGAAGGAGAAGAUGGAACCUCAAGUCUUUCUUGCUAAGCUCAAAGCUUCAAUUUUGGCUUGGAGGCAACAGAGUAAGAGGGGAGUUUGGAUAAAGCUGCCUAUUGAGCUUGUAAAUCUUGUAGAGAUUGCAGUCAAGGAAGGAUUCUCUUAUCACCAUGCUGAGCCAAGUUACCUCAUGCUUGUUUACUGGCUUCCUGAAACUCCGAGCACCAUUCCUGCAAAUGCUUCACACAGAGUAGGAAUUGGCGGUAUUGUCUUGAAUGAUAAAAGAGAGAUACUCGUUGUCCAGGAAAAGACCGGCGAAUUUCAAGGAACAGGUGCAUGGAAAAUCCCCACUGGAGCUGUAGAUGAGGGUGAGGACAUCUUCACGGCAGCUAUAAGAGAAGUAAAAGAGGAGACCGGUGUUGACACAGAGUUUCAAGAAAUUCUAGCAUUCAGGCAGUCGCACAGAGCAUUCUUUGGGAAGUCAGAUAUAUUUUUCGUGUGUAUGCUGCGUCCAUUGUCUUCCCAUAUCCAGAAGCAAGAACUAGAGAUUGAGGCUGUCCAGUGGAUGCCAAUCGAGGAAUUUGCAGCUCAACCUUUUGCUAGGAAGCACAGACUUUUCAAGCAUAUUGGUGACUUAUGCUUGGCAAAGGUCGACAGAGAUUAUGCUGGAUUUUCUCCAAUACCUAUACCAUUGAUUUUUGAAGACCAGAUUAGUUACUUGUACACAAACAUUCGAGAUUUGAAGCAGUCGAGUUCUGCUGAUCGCCAAUAGAAAGCAGGUUACUAUUGUUGUACUUUCUGUAAUGUAACUGUAUUAUCUUAUUUAUUAAUAUUUAAACUGAUCCUUGCGCACACUUUAAUAAGAGAAAGCACUUGCUUGACCCCUGAGAAAUUCCGAGGUUUCUGCUAUUGAUGUGAAGAAAAAACCUGAAGAGUGAAGAUAUUGAAUAGGAAAUGUCUAGCAACAAUGCCCGAUUGGAUAAACUUUAUGCAGAGUUCACUGUAAGAAAUACUAGAAACUAUGUUCAUCCUCUAGCCCCUUGGAAAUGAUAUGCCCUUUUACUUUUUAUGUGCUUUUGAUAUGUUAGGCAGCUUGAAUAUGCAUAGCAUUUUACUUUGUUGGACUUUUUCUUGUUCUUUUUCCCCUGUUUGGACUGUGGCAUUAGAUAGAUAAUUUUGCUCGGAAGAUUUCUCUGGCUUAUUCAGAUGGGAUUUUAUUUCAUGCUGAAAGCUUCCAACUGAUAAAGAUGGAUGUUAGAUUGCUAAUGUGUGUAUCCUGUAUCAGUAAUUCAAUAUGUAUGCACAUAGCAUGGUUGCAUCAUGCAUAUGCCUUAUCACUUGUCUGCGCCUGGAGAUUUCUGUUUCUUUGUGCAAAUACGUUAAGUUUGUAGAUCACCUCUACAGAAACACGACAGGUGGUCUGCCAUGCGGCACAAAAUACGAAGCACAGAUUAGAAAGGGAUGAAACAUGCAAAACUAAAUUAGAGAGCCUAUGCUUAUAAGUCUUAAACCAAGGUGUAUUGAUUUCUGUAACUCCCUAAACUCGGUGGUUGUCAGCUCUUGUGCCUUGAGAAAUUCACUAUUCCAAGUUUUGAGUGAGGUCUGUCCAAGGAAAGAACGAUAUGUCAUUAACAAAUUUUGCUUUCCUUUCAACACUUUUUCUCUUAGUCCUCUAUCCCGAGCAUGCAGAGCCGAGGAAACUUUCCAGUGAUGAUUUCUUUCCUUCACCAACAGGCUGUCUGAAUUGCUCCCUUUGUCAAUACCCAUGCAAUCCUCUUCCUCCACCACCUCCAUCACUUCCUCAGUACCCUAUAUAUGGAGCACCACCACCUCCAAUUCCUGAGUCUCCAUCAUAUGGAACUCCACCACCUCAAGUCAAUUGCACACAGUUCCCAGCCCAGUGCUGCUUUUAUCCCCCUCCAUUUCGAUAUCAGCCUGUUGCCGAGAACAGUUCUGUUUCUUGUUCACCUUUUUACUUUGUUUCAGCUAUGUUAUUGGCAAUCUGUGUUUCUUUUCUGCUUUAGAUUUUACAUGCUUUAAUAUUAUUUGUAAUAAAGCCUUCCUUACAUGCACCGGGCUGCUUCCUAUCAGUUGUGUACUACUUCUACAUAUAUAACUGUAGUUCUAUGAAACUGUAAUUCCUAUACAGCUUUAGUUUUCAUUAUCAAGGAGUACAUAGACUAUCCGGUAUUUAUUUGUA